CGUGACGCCAUUUCCGGCGGGGAGCUGGCGGCGGAGGAGGCGGCGGCGGCGGAGCGGGGCCGGGGGCGGCCGCAGGUGGGUGUCGGCCGGCAGCGAUGUCGUUCCUGCUCGAGUGGCUGUACAACGGCUUCAGCAGCGUGCUGCAGUUCCUGGGGCUGUACAAGAAGUCUGGCAAGCUCGUCUUCCUGGGCCUGGACAACGCCGGCAAAACCACCCUGCUGCACAUGCUCAAGGACGACCGGCUGGGCCAGCACGUCCCCACGCUGCACCCAACAUCAGAGGAGCUGACGAUUGCCGGAAUGACCUUCACGACUUUUGACCUGGGUGGACACGAGCAAGCCCGCCGCGUCUGGAAGAACUACCUGCCGGCCAUCAACGGCAUCGUCUUCCUGGUGGACUGCGCCGACCACUCCCGGCUCAUGGAAUCCAAAGUCGAGCUGAACGCGCUCAUGACAGACGAGACAAUAUCCAACGUGCCAAUCCUCAUCCUGGGGAACAAAAUCGACAGACCAGAGGCCAUCAGCGAGGAGAAGCUGCGGGAGAUCUUCGGGCUUUACGGACAGACCACGGGAAAGGGAAACGUGCCACUGAAGGACCUGAACACGCGCCCCAUGGAGGUGUUCAUGUGCAGCGUGCUGAAACGGCAGGGCUACGGCGAGGGCUUCCGCUGGCUAUCGCAGUACAUUGACUGACGCAGAGCGCCGGGCUCCUCCGGACUGAUCCCGUUCGUGGCUUCCCGUGGGCUUCCCGAGGCCGCGGCAAGCUUUCCAAACGCGUACUGGCAUCGACCGAGAGACUCCUGGCUGCAGCCGCCCCGCCGCACAGUGGUGACACGCAGCUCUUUUCCCCUGCCCGGCGGGGAGCUCCCGGUGACAACGGGGCUGGCGGGGCCAGGGCGAUGCGCUGCCGCGCGCCGCGCCGCUGAAAAAGAGCGAGAUCUCACCACUGUGGUCAAUCGACUUAAAGAACAACGCGGAAAACAAAGCAAUUAUAUUUUUUAAAGAAAGCGUCCACGUAAACGGCGUCCCUUCUAACUUUUUAGUUUAACCUUCAUCCUGUUUAGUCCAGAGUCCGUUUAGGGUUGGUUUUUCCUUUUUUUUUUUUUUUUUUUAAAUAUAUUUAACGAUAUUAUUUAGAUCUUUCGCAAAUGGCCGAACAAAGCAUCAUGGUGUUAGAAGUCCUCAGCAAACCUAGCAGGCGGGCCGUGAGCCGAGGGCACCGUGGGGACGGCGGCCGAGCUGGCGCGACGCGCCGGGAUUUCGUUUCCAGCGGGGAGGCGAGAGCCGCGGAGCCGCUGUUGGUGCCCCUAGCAUGGAGGUGUCUGACGUUUGCCUAUCAUAAGGUGGUUCAUGUAGGCUUCGACCCGUUUCUUUUAUAUUCUUUUGUUGUUGUUGUUGUUGGUUCCACGGCUGUCUCGCGCUCACGUUCAGUUCAAUAAAGACGUGUCCUUCUCCUCC